UGGAGUAAUGCAAUCAGGAGUAACUACAGUGCCGACGGAGUGCCCUCCCUCAGUCUGCCACAGACUCCGCACAGGGCACACACUCCUCAGACAGGAAGGUUUUAGUGAUCCUGCGUCAAGAUGACUGAGCGCUACGACUGCCACUACUGCAAGGAGUCCCUGUUUGGGAAGAAGUAUGUUCUGAGGGAGGAGAAUCCCUACUGUGUGAAAUGUUACGAGAGCCUGUACUCCAACACCUGUGAGGAGUGCAAGAAGCCCAUCGGCUGCAACACCAGGGAUCUGUCCUACAAGGACCGCCACUGGCAUGAGGACUGUUUUAAGUGCUUCCAGUGCAAACGCUCGCUGGUGGACAAACCCUUCUCCACCAAGGAUGAUCAGCUUCUCUGCACUGAGUGCUACUCCAAUGAGUACUCCUCCAAGUGCCACGAGUGCAAGAAGACCAUCAUGCCAGGCUCCAGGAAAAUGGAGCACAAGGGCAAUAGCUGGCACGAGACCUGCUUCACCUGCCAGAGAUGCCAGCAGCCCAUCGGCACCAAGAGCUUCAUCCCGAAGGACAGCAACAACUUCUGUGUGCCCUGCUACGAGAAGCAGUUUGCAAUGCAGUGUGUGCACUGCAAGAAGCCCAUCACCACCGGCGGGGUGACCUACCAUGACCAGCCCUGGCACAAGGACUGCUUCCUGUGCACCAGCUGCAAGCAGCAGCUGUCUGGCCAGAGGUUCACCUCCAGAGACGACUUCGCUUAUUGUCUCAACUGCUUCUGCAACCUCUAUGCCAAGAAGUGUGCCUCCUGCACCACACCCAUCAGCGGUCUUGGAGGCAGCAAGUACAUUUCCUUUGAGGAGCGCCAGUGGCACAACGACUGCUUCAACUGCAAGAAGUGCUCUGUGUCCCUGGUGGGACGCGGCUUCCUCACCGAACGCGAUGACAUCCUAUGCCCAGAGUGUGGCAAGGACAUCUAACACAACCCGAGGGAUGGCGGGAACUGGGGUCACCUGAUUGGAUGCGAAUUUGAUGCUGCAGGAAUGAGAAACAUGCAAUAAAUAGUAUCUGAGCACAGAGCAUAGCAUCUUUUCCACUUAGCCUUACUGAAUGUGCAUUGUUCUAUGACAUGAGAUAAAAACUACUAACUGUGGUAUUUGGGGAGUUUAAGUAAAAUGUUCCCUCUGCGUGAAUAAGUCAUUACUAACAAAGCAGCUGUUGGCACACACUGUUUGAAGCAUUGUGAAAUAUAUCUAUAAUAUGAAUGCAGACUUUGACUUUCUUUCAUAAUAAAUGCUGCUUUGUGCAUGGAUUAGCUUGAUGCUGUAAUUAGUUUGAGGUUUUUUUGAUGAGUUCUGCUAUAACAAAUAAAAUAUAUUUCUUCGCUCUUAUAAAUGCUAACUGCUGCUGUGCAUGAAAUAAUUUUUCAUACAAAAUUUGACAUCCCGAUCGGUCGAAAUGUUUCUGUUCGUAAACUUUAAAACAGAACACAUAUUUAAUAUAUACAAUUUAUGAAUGAAAAUAUAUAUAUACAGAAUACUGUGUCUAAGUCACUUAUUUAGAUUUUAUUAAUUUAUUAACCACAAGUCAUUCAGUAUUUGAAUAUAUCAAAUAAUGCAUGUUAAAAUACCAGCUUAUAAAACACAAGUCCUAAAACUGCUGACUUAGCUACUAUAAUUAAACCGACAGAAUAUAUUCAUUGUAUUGGACAAUUUAUUUGAAAACAUUGUUACAAACAUGACACUAAUCUUGUUACCAAGAUCAACUCUGGCUACAAUUAUUAUCCACAAUAUCAAAUAAACCUGCUUUAUUCUC